ACGCGGAAGAGGGUGUAGUCUGAGUUGGGAGUUGGCUGGAUAAGGAAGCGGCGGAGAGUACCUGACACCAGAACCAGAACCAGAACCCGACACCGGGACCCGAAUACUCAAAACCAGACAACCGACUCCGUGUGCGAGUUCAGAUACUGAGCUGCAGUUUGUUCGCUGUUUCUAAACUUUAUUCCGUUUAUAAAGUGACAGAGCAGUUCCUCUCAGCUAGCCUGCUAACAGCGAGUUAGCCUGCCUGCUAACAGGGAAGUGACGGUGUCAGCUGAAGUCGUAUUCGAGCCGCAGGUGUUUUCUUAAGAGAACCCAGACAGUAGACCAAGAUGAGUGGAAGCGUGAACAGCAUCGAGGCGGUGAAGAAGAAGAUCAAAGUGCUGCAGGAGCAGGCGGACGAGGCCAAGGACAGAGCAGAGAGACUGCAGAAGAAGGUGGAGGAGGAGAAGAGGAGCAAAGAGGAGGCGGAGGCGGAGGUGACAGCUCUGAGUCGUCGCCUGCAGCUCAGUGAGGACAAUCUGGACCAGGUUCAGGACAGACUGACCACGGCUCUUCAAAAACUGUCCGAGGUGGAGAAGGCUGCAGACGAGAGCGAGAGAGGGAUGAAGGUGAAAGAGAACAGAGCUCUGAAGGACGAGGAGAGGAUGGAGCAGCUGGAGGUUCAGCUGAGAGAAGCCAAACAGAUCGCUGAGGAGGCCGACCGCAAAUACGAAGAGGUGGCUCGUAAACUGGUGAUGGUGGAAGGAGAACUGGAACGAGCUGAAGAUCGGGCUGAACAGGCCGAAAGUAAGGUUCGGAGGUUGGAGGAGCAGCUGAGGAGUUUCGACCAAUCACUGAAGAGCCUGCAGGCGUCUGAGGACAAGUACUCUCUAAAGGAGGACAGGUACGAAGAAGAGAUCAAAAACCUGAGCAACAAACUCAAGGAGGCUGAGACCAGAGCCGAGUUUUCGGAGCGAUCGAUGACCAAACUGGAGCGAACCAUUGACGAACUGGACAAGGCUUUGGCUUCGGCCAAAGAAGAGAACGUCAAAAUACACGCCACUCUGGAUCAGACCUUGCUGGACCUCAACUCCUUCUGAAGCUCCUCCUCCCCCCGCUCACCUUCCUCUGCUGCGGGGGGAGGCAGGGAGCCUCCUCCCUGCUCCAGUCUUAGUGAUUCCUGCUUUAACACAUUCCCUCUCUGAACCUUUCAGUUACAUUUGGAGUGUUGCUUUCAUUGACUCCUCCUGUCUGGCCCCCUGUCCUUACCCACUGACAGUGCCAACCCCCUCCUGCCCCUCCUCAGUAUUAUGUGGGGGAGGCCAGACGAGGAGCUGCUAUAAGGGAGUUUAACAGUGACUUACAGCCAUUCCCUCGUUAAGUACUAAUUAAUGACUAAUUAAUUCUUUGGGUGUUUGUCUUAACGGUUUGUUGUUACUCUGAUUACUUUGCUUUGCCACAUUUAUUAAUCACUUGAUUGGAGCCAAUAUCUUAUUAGCCAAUGAUUUAUGUUGGUUCCAUGGGGGUGGGGUUUAAGGUAUCCAAUCACAGGGAGACAUUCCACUGCCAUAUAAACCAGGGGCCAAUUAGAGGUCAGAGAUGCAUCUGUUUUUGUUUUUGUUUUUUUUUCUACAGGUGACCUUUCACCUGAUGACAUGAAUAAAGUUUAGAAAUGUUUUUACCCAGAAUCCAGUGCUGAUGUCAUUACUGUGCUGAUGUCACAGCUCAUUGUAAUAAAUCAUGACACAGUUUGAGACAGGAUUUUAUAAAAUAAAAGCACUGCCACUGGUAUGUAGA